UGGCAGCAGUCGAUCGGUUAGGCAGGACGACGGAAGGUUGCGACGCAUCGCAGCGCAUUUCAACUCGCAUCCUCAUUGUCCCUUAUGAGUUUUUGACGUGAGCGAGUGUUUCGAGAGUGUCGUGGAGUGCCGAAAGUAAAGUAUUGGGUGUUUGUGCCAACAUUCAUCGUGUUAGAUGCAUAGUAUGAAAUCGUAUCGCGUUUAAUCGUGUUUUGCAUCUUCUUCGUUGCCUCGUAUCCCGAGUUUUCGACGCGCGUAAAUACCGGGAGUGUUUCGAGAGUGCCAAAAACGAAGGGCCGUGCGUUUGUGCCAAGUGUGAAUCAAGACGAAUCAUCGUGAGAAGGAUCUUAACGUUCGAGAGCUGCGGCCGAGGCGGAGCUAAACGGAGCGAUCAGUGGCGAACGAUUAUCGUAAAUCGAUCAAAACGAAUCCUCCUCGUAAACCAUCGCGGACCAUCGGGUUAACGGUGCUCUCGAGAUGCGGUGAUGGCUUUGUUGUAUAGGUUCGCGCAGCUGCACGAUCGCAGUGGCACGCGGGUCUUCUCCUUCGUCGUCACUAGGACCGUCGUGCGCGAUCCUGAGAGGGACGUCACCAGCAAGGAACUAGUAUGCGGUUUUCAGAGAUGGGCCGUCGCCUUUUCACGCGGGGAAAAGGUCCUGGGCGUAUACUUGGUAUGGCGUGGCGCGUCAAGAAACCUCCGCGUAUACGUGGACUUCACGUUCACGCUGCUGAAUCGGGAGCACUUCUCCAUGAACGAGAGCUUCUCCGGCAAGCGCGUCAAGUUCACCUACGAGGCACCGGCCCAGGGCAACCGCAGCUACAUCGCCGUGGCGGACCUCUACAGCCGUAAUUUCGCCGACACAAACGGUGAGUUUCAGCUGGAGCUGUCCAUGGCGAACGUGCGGACGGUCUACAUGACAGAGGUCAGGAUGCCGACGUCGGUGUUCUCGGCCGGCCAGACGAAGCCGAGCAAGCUGGAGACCGACUACUUCGCGUUCGGCGGUUUCGACUGGAAUUUAGUCAUCUAUCCGCACGGCAAGGAUGCGGAAGGCCGCGGCCAGGACAGCCGCGUGAGCGUCUACCUGAUGAGACUGUCGGGCUUCGAUCAUCGGUGCAGGGUGAGAUACAGCCUGGCCCUGGGCGACGGCGAACGGCGGAUCGACUCCGAGCAAAUCGAGGACAUAUCCGACGCCGAGGGCUGCGGCUUCGGAUGGCACACGAGGGUCAGAUGGUCCGACAUCGCGCACAAGGGCACGCUCCGCGUGUCGCUCGAGAUGCUGGAGGCGAGGACGAUCUGCGAGGUCGCGGUGCAGGCGCUGGGCCCGUCGGUCUUGCCGGCUGCGCCCUGCUAUGACCGCGACAAGCAGGCCUGGGCCAUCCGCGCCGAUCUCAACUCCGACACGGUCAGGCUGCACUUGGUGUACAAAGACAUCCAUAAUGUGCCGAGGAAUCAUUUAAGGUAUGUCAGUUGGUCGGCAUAUCUGUUGAGGGGCGAGGGACCAAACGUCGAGGCGAUUGGGCUGCCCGGCGAACCGUUCAGCCGCUACUACGUUCAGGAGUCCGUAGACGAGGGUAUCAUCAUGGAAACGAAUGUGGAUAUGACUGAAGUGAAGGAGAAUCACUGUUCAUAUCUCACGGACAAGGGCCAGCUAAGAAUCCGACUGGAAUGGAACGAGAGCCACCUGCUCUUUCAGGCGACCUAUCACAAGUACGACGACGUGUGUCGCGUGCACAAUCAGCAGAUGCGACGCGAGAUCGUGUCGUUGCAAGCGGAGAACUACAGUCUCGAGCGGCAGCUGUUCAGCUACCAGAAGAGUCUGGCGUACGCACAGGCGCAGCAGGAGCAACAACAGCAGCAGCAGCAGCAGCCGCAACGCCCGAAUCAGCAGCAUCACUCGGUGGUGGGUCAUCAGGGUCACCUUGAGCGAUCGGCGUCCAGCGACACCGAAUACGCUUGACAAGUGGAACGCGAGUUUCCAACGUCACCAACACCAUCGGGGGGUUAUCGGCGUCAGUUGCCAUCGGCGACGGUGCCGGAGGAAGAUCAGCGGGUGCACCAGAACCUGGUCAGGAUGAUGGAUCGACGGCUGAGCAACGUGCAGCUGCAGCAACAAUUGUUUGAGGAGCAGCGGCAGCGUCAUCGGUACAGCAACGGUAGCGCUGGCAGCGGUGGUAGCGGUGUUUCCUCGCCCAGACGGAGCAUCGAUCGCAGCGGCCAGGAGCAUCGUCGCAGCAUCCUGCAGCAGCCCAGGUCCAGCGUCGGCGCCAGGUCCAGCAACGGAGGCAGUGGUGGCGGCGGCGGCGGGGCGGCGGCGCCGCUUACGAGAGCCGUGCCACCGGCAACAACGAUCGGUAUGCCGGCUACUAUUUGGGAUACGUCGGCCAAGCGGCGCACAAGCGACGCAGGACCACAUUCUGGGAGACGCUGACGGGUCUGGUGUGCUCCUUAGGCGCUCUGGCCUCCAGAGCGGCGAAGAUGGCCGCCAGACGGGGCGAUCCUCUCUGAGGGUACGGCCGACGGCCGCAGACCCGACGCAAUUGCAUUGGGGAUGGGCAAACGCGCGGGAAUGUGACGUGGAACUCGUUGGGCGUGCGUAUGUACACCGCGUUCUGUCUUAUGUAUGUCGGUGCAAUAUCUCGCGCCAAGCGGAUUUCGAGAGGUAUCGAAGAGAGGAAGUUUCACAUAACGAUCAAAGGAAUUGUAUAAUCCUGAUAGAAAGCGCAUGGUUGGUAUCAUUUUCCGUUUCUUUAUAAAAUAUACCUUAUAUACAACUUUUUCAAUUUAACAACGUAAUCCCUAACAGCACAAGAUAUCGAACGAAUAUUGUGAUAUUUUACAAAUAUACGCACGAUAUCGCGAUAUUGUGCGAAUGUUCGUAUGAUAUCUAGAAUAUUCUAGAAUAUUCAUACGAUACUUUGUGCUGUUAGGGAUUUAAUUGAAAUUUAUGUUUAUCCGUUUUAAUUAAAUUUCUUUCGCGUUUCACAUCGGCAAAAUUAAGAAAAUUCUCCUUAUAUAUCUUCUUUAAAUAUAGGUAUCCUUCUAUUUAUGACGAGGUUACAUUUCGAAACUUUGGUCGUAAAUCGAAUUGAUCGUAAAAGUCGGAUAGCAUUUAUAUUUCAUACAAGUAAAACAUUAUUUAUGCAAAAUAAUUAUUUUAUUACUAAAAACGAUCGCUCUACUUGGAAAACGACAAAACAAAAUGUUUAUAAAAAUUAUAAAUUUUUCAUAUAAUAUUUAUUAUUACAAAAAAACAAUAAUAUUUAACUUAAACAGAAAUAAAUUUCAACGAGUGAUUAAAAAGCAAUAUUGUUUUCCUCUUAAAAAUAUAAAACAAUAUUUAGUUUAAUAAAAGAUUCAUAUAUUUAUUUGAGUCACUGGCUAAUAAAUGCUUAAUCAGCUUUAUCAAUCUAUUAAUUAAUUUCUAAUCAAUAUCAUGUCGUUUAUAAGUUUGAAAAUUUGUGAGCCGAGGGAUAGUCGUAAGCAGAGGGGUACCGGUUUCUUUUUAUUUAUUAUAUCGGCGAUAAGAAUGUACCUUUCCAUUUUUAGUAAGAUACUUUAGAAAUACAAUACGAAAUAUGCGUUGGGCACGCCAUAUCCCAAAUGCGAGAUCAGUCUUUAUGCGAGGCGUGUUUGCCGACGGUUUCCGAUUUAAGAGAUCACCGUACCGAUUUUAUGAGAUAGAACAUCUCGUAUGCACGUAACGCCAGGAACGGAGACGGUAGGGAGCAAAAGGACCGGGGAAAAGAGGAUCGUAGGGUGAGUUUAGGGUCGCGUUCUUCUCGACUCUACACACACACGGUCUUUACAUAGACACGCACACGCAAACACAUGUCUACACGUUUACACGGACACGAAUCUAUCUACUUGUCAAUUUACUAAAGAACCUAUUUUCCUCUAAAGACUUUUUCACCUAUUGUGUACAUCGCCGUGGAAAUAAGAGGAUAUGCGCGCGUUGGCAUAGAAGCCAAGCCGUAAGUAACAAUACUGUAAUUAUCGUAGUACGUAUAUUAAACAGAACUUUUAGAGUACAGUCAAUGUUACAUAAGCGAAACAAGUGCGAGAGAGAAGAUGAAAGAGGUACAUGAGGAGGAAAAGGAGAUGAGGAAAAAAAAUAAAGCACGGAUCCCCCGUGCUACUUUGGGGAGGCCCUUAAAAGGCACUGCAUCGCGAUGCGCGUAAAUGCCAUCGUUGUGCAAAUUGAGCUCGCUCAGACGCUCUAGUCGAUUUCGUCGCCCCCUCCCCCGUUCUCCCUCUCCGUCAAAUUGAUCUUUUUAUUACGAACGUUAAGAGCAUUGUUAUAUAACUCUACGUUUCCAUUCAAGCUAUCGCUCUACUCGCCGUACAAGUAUUUAGACGAGAGAUUGAGCCGGAGUAUCUAUUAAUUCUAAAGUGACUAGCUGAGAGGCGUUUGUGGAUUAAUAGGAACUGAGACAAAAAAAAGAACACAUUUUGCGAACCUGCAUUAAUUUCGUAUUUUCGUAACCGGAUAGACUUUUAAUAUUUGUCAUUCUCGUUCACCUUUGUAAAAACUGGAACAACAGAAAGUUGAAAAAAAAAAGACUCAUUCCUUUAGAUCAAACCAAAUACAUUUUUCUCAUUUCUUUCAUAUGAAACAUAGGAAACCGUGUUGAUAUAAUAAAUUAGCGAUACAAGAGUGUAAACUAGACUUCCGAAGCUCUCGCAAGAGGCUUAAAAAAAAUUAUUGGGAUUUACGGAAUUUUCUUUUAUAACUCGCUUAUCUUUCGAGCGCCUUAAAGGAACCAAUCAAGAGCAUACAUUACAGAGUAUCACGCGAUAAUUAAAGCCAUUUAAACUGAGAAUAUCAUCACGCGCAGCCUUUAAAGCACAGACUGCACUCGCCUUUAGUGGAACGCUUUAGCCGUUUACGAUCAGGGUAAAAAUAAAAAGCAGAAGAGAAAGCGAAUGAAUCACCAUGCCAUUCUUCCAUUGUUACAAAUUCUUAAGUUCGAUGUCAGAAUCGCCCGUUUCAUUUUCUAAUGCUCGUACACGUUUUCGCCUUUGCUAUUACGAGGACCGCACGUGCAAAAUUGAACCUUUUCUGUGUCAUACAUUUGUCAUCCAAUUUCCUAUUUCAUCGCAUACCGAUCAAAUAUAUUAGAAUCGAUAUUUUGAUGCAGACGCCGAUGUAAUUUUCCUCUUUCUGAUUUACGGCAAUAUCGCACGACAAUCUAAUCAAAAUGAAAUUUAUCACACAGAAAAAAAGUUAAUAUCACUUCAAUAAUUAUUGUCUCAUUAAUUCGAAUACAAAUCGAAUUUAAAUCAAAUUUUCUUGGAUUUACAUUACAUGCUAAUUUAAAUGUAAUAGAGUAUUUUCAAUGACGUCAAUCAGAUAACGUUUAACACACGAGAAAAUUAAUCGCAAGCAUUUUAGAAAAUAAUUACGAAGAAAUGAUGUACUAAGUAAAAAUUUAUAAUUGAUUCUAUCUAAUAAAUAUAAGGAUAUUACAAAUAAAUAUGAAUAGAAAUUACAAUGUUAUUAUCAAAAGGAAAGUACUAAAUUACUAUAAGAGCACUUUAUUAAAAAAAUAUUAUGAAAUAAUUACAAAUUUUGUUCUAAAUUCUAUAAAUUUAUGAUACAAAUCUGUGAAAUGUUGGAACAAAUUCACGAAGACGAUCAAUAAUUCGAAAUUCUCAAGCUUCGAUUCUUUCAGAUUUCAUUCGAUCUAUUCGCACAUCUCUGGAUGAGAGCAGAAAAUUAUUGAAUAGGAAAUAACAUCUUCAAAUUAAGAAUUAGAAUUCUUUUAAUACUAUUGUUAUCAAAACAAUCAUAUUGCGUUCUUUAUAUGACUAUUAUAAUAAUGAAAUAAAAUAAAAAAAUAUAUUUUGUUGAAAUUUAUGAUUAUCAAACUGUUUAAAGAUUUUUCUUGCUUUUAUAAAGACAAUAACACAGUUGUGCAAUUUGAUAUUAAUAUUUUUUCCUGUGUACGCAAGAGAAGAGUAUAAUGAAUGAAAAUCAGCAGUAUUUUAUUUACGUACGCAAUCAUUCUAAACUGUCUCAAUGCAUACGUUGCAGAAAUGCACACUUGCAAAGAAUUUAUAAGAAACGAUAAUUCUAUCAUUCAAUAUGCCUGUAGUUGCUGCGGUGUAUGUAAGAGCACACUCCCUGCUUAAAAGAUUCGAUAGAGAUAGAUAAAAAAAAUGUCAUAUAAUUUAAUUGUGUUUUUGAUUCAUAAAUAUAAAUUGUUAUCUUUUUUGUAUUAUUUAGCAUAUAAUUUAGUAAUUAUCUUUAAUCCAAAUCUAUCUGAAUAUAUUUUGUCAAAAUUGAUAUUAUACUUUACAGUUUAUGUAUAUUCGAUGUAUUAUGUAAUACUUUAAUUUUUAAUUUUGUUUGUUAUGUAUAAAUAAUACAUACUAUAAUAAAUAACUCUUUUCUCACACAUAUAUGUAUAUAUAUUUAAAGCAAAUCGUAAUUUUCAGAUUGGAUUGAAUUAAAUAAUUCGACAAGUUGAAAAUAUGCAAGCUUAGAUUUGUAUUAAAUUGUUCAAGUAAGAUACUGUUAAAAAAAACGAUAUAAAUCAGGCACUUCUCCAUAGUAGCUCAAAUCCGAUUAAAAUAAUAACUUCAUUUUAAAAUUAAAUAAAAUUUCAAUAAAGUUUAAAACUGUUUCCAUCAUUUUCUAUCGGUUUUCUUAAACAGGGACCGUUCCGCCGGCAUAUACCGCUGGAGCUUUAUAAAUAUACAUGCAAUCUCGCGCACAGCUCAAGUCUUUCAUUCAGACCGACGAGAUAACGCUGAAAGAGUUAUACCUCUUGUACAUCCGCAGAUGGUUUCCGGCGAUGAAUGAAGUUUCGUUGGAUGUAAUUACAGAAUUUCGCGGUAUCUCUUGACGCGCGAUGUUCUCAUCUUACUUUAUACACCUUACGCCGUCAGAACGAUGCAAUAAUUUCCGCCUCGUCUCACCGCGACGGUAUUUUCUCGUACGUGCCGAGCCCCGUACAUUACCGAAAUACAUAGCUAUGCGAACCAUGUACCAGCAGAUAUAUAUACAUCUGUAUACAUCUGCGACACACCGGCAGGUAACAUUUGAUCGAUACAGUAUCACCGCGGGUCCGCACAUUGGAUGUCCCCCGUGAAUACGUACAUAUACACAUACUCACGUACAGCCGAAACUGUCCUACGUCACGAUGUGUGUGUGUGUGUGUGUGUGUGUGUGUGUGCGCGUGCGUGUGUGUGGAUGUAUGUAUACGUUCAGGUGAUACGUCGCUCGCUCAUACGAAGCUAGAAGUUCGUUUCUGCGCGCACAGCAUCAUCUAUAGUAAAUGUCAAUCUAUCGGAAGAAUUCGUUAACAUCGGAAUCGCCGAACGGACACUCUUUCUCUUGUCAUUCCAAAGUCUCAUUAGAAAACUGCAUUCUGGCACAUUAUUAUUUCUGCUCAACAUGAAAAAAAAUCUCCCGAUCAAGCUGCCGAAUUUUUAACGCGCAACAAAAAAAAGUCAAAGGCAAUUUCUUAACGAAGAACGUCGCGCUCUGAUCUGUCCCAAAAAUCCAGCGAUCUUGAUAACAGUUUGAUUAAUUCCGGAACGAAUUGCAGAAGAUUUUUAUCAAGUGACGAAAAUUUUUAAGAAAUGAUAAAGGAGCUUCACUCUCUUUCUCUCUCUCUCUUUUUACUGAUCAAAUUCUUUUCAAUCGUUAAUUCAUUACUUGACAUUUUUGCACAUUUCAAUCUGCGUGUUAUAUCGAUUAAACUUCGCACGAUACAAGAAUGUUACAAGAAAGAUUGUUGUGUCCAUAUUUCGAAUAUCAUGACAUGUUUUUGAUUAAUCUUAUCGACGAUGGUCAUGGGGAAAGAUUGUACAGUACGAAGGAGGUCUUUGAUGAAGAAUAUCGACGACGACAAUGCAGGAACGGCUAUAGGGAGGAAGCGUAACAAAGUGUCAAAAUUGCGAAAGGACCAGGCUCGCAAUAGUAGCUCGUAACAAUACGCCCAUAUCGCGCACAAUCCGUGUACUAGUACUGCAGUCAAUUUCAUCGAGAUUAUAUCGGUCUUGCUCGCGCCGUAUCCAGCGAGAGAAAAGAUUCCCUCAGCAUCCUACGGUCGGAAUAGACAUCCGACCGCGGAGGAAAGCGCUCCCUUCCACCCGAAACUAUCUACGCGAACUCACUCGUUCGUGGCAGGCGUAUAUAGCAAGCAGCAGCUCUGACAAUCGCACCUAAAUCUCAUCUCACCGCGAUGAGAAUCGAAUGUUUGUCCGCCGACGUGAUUCCCGGCGUUUCCGCCUUGACACGUUUGUGGGGAAUCCCGAUAGCGUGUCUCGACUCUCAAAAAAGUCGCAGAAAGACAUCGAAUUGAUUGCAAAAAAUUUCCAUUAAGAAAAAAAUGAGAGAGAUACCAAAACUAAUGCCUCAAUUUACGACAAGGUUAAAUCUGCGACAUUUUUUUCCGGAAAAUUUCUCAUUGUCGUACAAGAAUUCGCAUUUCUCGGGGAAGAAUUUUUGGUCACUUUAUUCGCGUGUCGAUAGCUUUUAUGGUACUUCGAGACGCCGCUGAGUAACAAGUUCGUCGAUAAUUCCUGUGAGAUACUUGAGAAGUUGUUUCAGGCUCAGAUGAAGAUACGAAGACGAUCGCGAACGACAUUUGAUACUUGAUGCAUUUACUGCGAAUUCGUUAAUGUUAAAUUCCGUAUGCGUAGCCGGCAUGAUUUGACGAUUCAAUCAAUUAAUUUCAUUCUCGCAGAAUGAUGACGCAGCAAAUGACAGGCAAAAUCUGUCAUAUCAAGCAUUAUAUAACGAAAAA